UUCAAAAUUAUUCAAUUUUUGCAUUUCCUAAAGGCCGGGAAUCACAUGAGAUUUUUAAAUAUAUUGGUGAAAAUCAAAUUAAUUCUUUGCAUCAACAGAAAACAGGAUGUCGGCACAUACCAUCCUUCUUGAUUUCUCAGUAGAUCCAGCUAAAAUCAAGGAUGAGGCUCAAAUCACUAUCUUAACCACCAAUAUUGAAAAUAUCCUAAGAAACUAUGUGAAAAAUUUAAAAGAACUCUACCGUUUAAAGUUGGAUGAGGGAGUGUUGAAGAUAUAUUCUUGCGAUCUGGAUGCCGUUGUGAAUCUCAGAUUUUAUAAUAAUGGUUUGAUCACUCUGAAUGUAGAUUAUUAUAAGAAUGAGGAUAAAGAUCUACUAUUUCCAUUUGAAAAAGUUAAAACUUUUGAACAAGAACUUAGCGAACGGGUCAAUGGAAUUCUCAAAUCGAGAGCUUUAGCACCAAUCAAAAGAAGCGUAUACCCACAAUAUUUCCCAACUUCAGACGAGAGGCUUUUGGAAUAUGAUAUUGAUGAGAUUGUUUUCGAGGAAAAGACAAAAUUCCAAAAGGUUCAAAUACUUCAUUCUAAGAGCCUUGGCAACAUGUUGGUUCUGGAUGAUCUCCAAAAUAUUUCAGAACGAGAUGUUAUUUAUACUGAUACAAUUAUGAGGAAAGAAACGGAAAACUACAAGGAUAAAGAAAUAGUUAUAUUAGGAGGUGGCGACGGAGCACUUCUUUAUGAGUUGUUGAAAGAGGAUCCCAAGGAAGUUAUAAUGCUUGAAAUCGAUGAUGUUGUGAUGAAAGCAUGCUCAAAGCAUUUGAGGUCGCUUUGCGGAGAUGCAUUAGACAAAAUGUCUGGUCCUAACUAUAAGAUAUUGGUAACAGACUGUUUGGUGGCCCUGGAUGGUUACAUAAAGGAAGGAAGAAAAUUCGACUACGUCUUUGGAGAUUUAACAGAUGUUCCGAUCUCCGACGACCCAGAGCUUUGGUCGUUCAUGGAAAAGGUCCUCCAGAAGACCUUCAAGGUAAUGAAACCCAACGGUAGGCUAAUGACUCAAGUUUGCGGCGCCAUCUGCACUGAGGCUCUGAAGAAGUACAAGGAACUUUUGGAUAAACAGAAACCGAAGGUCAAGUUUGAGAAGACGAAGGCUUUCAUCCCCAGUUUUAUGGAAGAUUGGGUUUUCGGUUUUAUAAGUUUCGAUCAAGCCGAAUAGUUGGUGUGUUCUUUAGGAUUGACGAACUUUGAUCCAAUUUGAGAGUAUUAAAUCGAAUGUCACAUGUUGCUGGCGCUUUGUGUAAUGAAAUAGGAUAAGGAAAAAACGAGUAUACUAUGUCUGAUUUGUUCAUGUUGAAUUUUUGUUCUGUUUAUUAGAAGUUUAUAUUUUGUUUGGAUAUGAAAAGCCGUCCGGUUUUAUUCGAAAAGUGAAUGUAAAAGGAAUUUAUUAAAUUUACUAAAGUUUCUAGAUUUAUUCAAGAGCUUGAUUUAUCAGUAUAUAUUUACAAUAUUGCAGCUAAAUAGUUUAAUUUUUGUGCACUAACCAUGGCUUCCUAUGAUUAUUUAAUGUUAUUAGUGCAUAUUGUUGCUUUAAAAUACUAUUGAAUAUGUUUAUAUUUAUUUGUGAAUAUUUUGAAUGUCUGAUUAAACGAUUAUCUCUUACAAAAUUGAAAGUUUGUGAAGAUGUGUCAUUUAAAUGAUCUUAUGAAAAAAUAUAGAGAUAUUGAACUGAA